AGUCAGCACGACAGAAAGAGCAAAGGAAUCGUUUCGUCGCGGUUUCGGUUUGUUCUCCCAUUUUUUUCCCCAUAUUUCCUAGAAAAAUCGUGCAAUAACCUAACAAAUAGACAAUACACGGGCCCGCUAAAACCGUGCACCGUCCGCUGGUAUGGUUUUUCGUGAAAGAUAGUGCUGUCGGCGGCUCGGUUGGAUUGUUUGUUUGAUUGAUGUUUCGGUUAGCGCGCACCACCUGACGGGAAGGCAGUGCGUGUGAGUGUGUUUGUUUUGUUCCUCUUCUCUCCCUACCGUCGGUUACCACCGUUAUUGGUCCAAGAAGGCGAACCAAGAUCAGGAAGAAAAGGUAGUGUGAUACGAAAAAUAUAUAUACUACGUCGCGCACUUGGAGCAACUCCACGGCACACACCGUGGGCCGACGACGCGCACAUCCUGCCGAAGGAAACUGUGCUCCACGAAAAAAAAGGGCACAGGCGUGUCGACACGUCUGCUGAGCUCGGUGUGCCUCUGUGUGGCGCUUAGUGUGAGCGUAUGUGUGUACAGUGCAGUGUAAUUUAGUGUGAGGCCUCUCUUCCUACAACCGCACACAACCUCUAACGGGCCCUCCCGCCGGGGUGGUAUUUGUUUACAUGUGCUUUUGCUGCCCUCCUCGAUUUGUUGGCAGCUUCCAUCGAUCGUUCUAUUUCAUCGUUUCCGCUGGCCCGGGUCCCGUACACCGCUCCGGAUAGGAAAGCCCCGUAGCAAUAGAAGCACGGAGGAAAAAAAAAAAACGAGUGGCUCGCAGCGAGCGCGGUUGUGUGGUAUCAGCAGCAGCAGCAGCACCAAGUAUCGUCGCAGUUUGCCGCAGUUGUUCCGUACCGUCGGUCGUAGUGACGCCGCACAUCUUUGUGUCUGCUGUCGGGCGGGCUCUGGCUAACGAUGGCGAUGAUGGUGAUGCUGGUGUGCAAUAAUCGUAGUAGCAGCGCCCGUAGCCGUAGCAACAACAACGACGACGUACACAGUAGCAGCAGCAAGCUGUUAGUGUCGUGAUAGUGGUGGAAUUGAUUUCUUGUGUGUGAGGCCGUUUUGGGGCGCAGUGUGUAUUUUUGUUGUUGUUGCUGUUCCGUGCUCCUCCACGCAACUUGGUGCGGAAAAGCGUUCGAAAGGAGAAGCGAGCGAGAAAGCAAAAGUAAAAGUCGAAGAAAAGCGCAGAAGAAGGAGUGGGAAAAGGAAGAAGAAUUCCGCAGUGCUCCUUCCUUCGCGCAGUAUCACGUGUGAGUGUAUGUGUGUUAGUGUGGUAGUAGUGUUCCGCCUGUGUGUUAUUUGUAUGUGCACCGAGUGUGUUCCGUGUAGUGUACCAUACUGAUUCGCGCGGGUACGCCGCGGAUCGUGCUAAGAAGAGGCAUUAUUGUUUACGCGACAGCGAUCGGUCCCCGCGGAUUGUGCUAGUGUUCGUGCGUGCGUGCGUGCGUGUGUACGUGUAUUUGUUCGCGAUCGAUCUGCUCCUCAGUAGUGUGUCCCCGCGGCAGGGAAAAGAAAGGAAAACUUUGUUUUUUUCUUUUUGCGUGUGGCAAUAGCCCUUUCCCAUAAGCCUCUAGUGGCGUGCGUGUGUGAAUAUGUGCGUAAGAAUGUAUGUAUGCCACGAUAAUGAUGGCGGUUGCGAAUGUGAUGAUUGAUAAGAAUGUUGUGCGACCGUCCGCAUCGUCGUCAUCGUCAACAGCAGCGCCACAAGCAGCAGCAGCAGCACCAGCAGCAUUAUCAUUCCCGUCAUCAGCCGCGCGUCGUGUGUGGUAGUGUGUGCGGCGGUGCAAAAGUCAUCCAAUUUACCAAAUCCCUUUGCGUCUCGUCGGCGGCGGCUUAGUGCCCGGGCGUAUUGCGUGUGCGUGAGUGUGUAUAGGUGUGUUUGUGUGUGCUGGGGGUGUAGAGGAGAAAGGCCUCUUUGUGUAUCCGUGGGCGGCGGCGGGUGUGUAUGAUUAAGGUGAACCGCUGAUUCGCACACAGCAGCAACAGCAAGCUCCCGUCACAGACACGGGCACAGCAGCGAUUGUACUCACACAGUAGCAGUAGUAAGCAGCGGCAGCAGCAGCAGCAGCAGCAUUAGCUCCAGCAAACCCACCAUCAACACCAACCGGGAGCAGGAAGUGCUAAACCAUUUCCUUCACAAAACCCGGAACCGAACCGCGCGCGCGCCCUUCCGUCCGUUGGGCCGCUGCCUGGCCAACGAGCCGAGUGGUAGCACUGCUUUGCCGCAGACGGCGCUACCGUUUUGAAAACGGCCGCACUCUACAGCGUUAGGAUAGCAACAAAAUUAGUAUGGAAAAAGCAAAGGCAUACAUUAAAAACGAAUUACGUGGGGGCUCCCUAGCGCAGCCGGAGCCCCCGCCACCACCGUCGCACCAUCAACACCACCAGCAACAGCAGCAACAUCAGCAUCAGCAGCAACUGCCUCAACAGCACCAGCCGGUUCCAAAUUCCUCCGCCCAUCCCUACCAUCCUCACCAGCAGCAGCCACAUCAUCUGCAGCAUGGGCAAUCGGCACCAUCGCACCCGGCCCAUCUGCUGCCGGUAGUGUCCCAACACAGCACACCCGUCUCAGCAGCGGCCUACCAUCCGCACCAUCCGACGGUUGGCUCCCGCUCGCCCUCGGUCGUCUCGAUGGACGAACCGGCCAACAUUUGUUACGUGUGCGGUGCCCUAGGCGCUCAGGACAAAUACUAUCUUCGGGUGCGCCAGAACCCGGACAAUCCGAACGAGCCUCACUUUCCGCUGCUCGAGUCACACACACCUCCUGCCGGCGUACCGGCCUGGACACCGGCCAAGGUGGGGGUUAGAUCCUGCUACCUGUGCUUCACGACGUUCGCCCAGCAGUGGGACUAUCACGAGCGCGAGGGCAAACCACUCUCACAGCGACUGUAUUGGUUGAAGCGCACGGACGACAAAAAUUACAUCGGUGCGGAGAUGAACAGUCAGGGCGAGUAUGCGGCACAGGUGCUGGGAUUGAGUGCGGACCAUCUGGGUGGUGGUCCUCCGCCACCGGGUGGGUACGCUGCUGGUGGACCUCCACCGCAACCAGCCGGUGGAGGUCGAGGAGUAUCGGAAAGCUCACGUUCUUCGCAGCCUCAACCACCAGGAGCCUCAUCCGUUCCGUACCCUCUACCUACGGCACCACGCAACGAAAGUCCUCUUCGAGGGGUGGCCCCACAAAGGAACGAAUCACCACAUUCGAAGGGCGAAGGAGGAGGAGGAGGGGUAGGAGGCUCCAACACAAGCACCGCUCCACCGUACCAUCCCGCGAAACGGUUCCUCGAAAAUCAUCUCGCAAGCCAGCAAGCGGGCGCCGCCGGAGCAGGAACGAAUGCGCCCUCCAACACCGUCCAAUCGCAACCGACGGCACCAAACUCGCGUCCGUCGAGUCGGAAUGAAAAGUCAACCACACCACGUCCGAGCACGCACGACAAUCCAUCGCCAGUGCCGUCGCCUGCAGCUGCAAGCCUGCGCUACGAUGGACGCAAGAUGUCGUCCUUUGCGCAUCACAAGCUCAAAAUGGUGAACUACAACAGCAGUGCGGGCACGGAACACCACAGGAACCAUCAGCAUCUCAGUGGUGCGGCUGGUCCACUGUCGUCUUCGUCCACCUCCUCACACUCAACACAGCAGCAGCAGCAGCAACAGCAGCAACAGCAGCAACAGCAACAACAACAGCAGACGCAUCAUCUACGGCUGGAAGAAGAGGGAGCACUAGACCUUCGGAACUCGGCAACCGGGAGUGUUGGUGGCGGUGGUGGAGUUAGUACGUCCUCGGUGGGAGGUAUGCUUCAGCUGGGGUUGGCAGACGAGAACAGUUUGCGCGGCAGUGGCAGCAAUAGCAAUGGGAGCACGGGCAGCACCGGUACGGAUAUCCUCGAUCUGUCGAUGCCGGACAAGAACUCGAUGACGGAGGUGUGCUAUGUGUGUGGGGAUGAGCAUAGGCGGGGCAGUUUGAUGGAGAUCGCGACCGUCAAACCGAAGGACGUGAAGGACCAGGAAAAGCCGUACUUUCCGAUAUUCGACGAAACGCACGCUAGACCGGCACGAUCGCGUCCGAAGGAUCCGAAAGGCAUGGUGCAGGCAUGCAAGGCAUGUCACCAGUAUCUGCUCAAUCAGUGGCAAUCGUUCAACAUUCGUUCAAUACCCGAGGCUCAGCGGAAGUACCAGAUCCGAAAACGCCAAAACACUCAGGAACGGUCGGCCACGUUCGUGUGCUACACCUGCGGUGCCGAUACGCCGUCCUCGCAACUACGCUUAGUGUACUGCUGCCCGAACGCGGAACGGGAACCGUACUUUCCGUUCAUCAAGUCCCUGAAAGCACCGACCAAUGCUAGUCCAAUAAGUCCACAGGGGAUGGUGCAAAUAUGUUCCACGUGCAAUAAGAAAAACGCUCACCGUGCGGAGGGUGGCAGCGUUAGCAAUGUGGACGAACGUUAUCCGUCUCCGACGAAAAUGACGUCUAGUGUGAUAAAUGAGGUUGUACGAUAUAAGCCUUAUGAAUUUGCCUCCGCUCUGUCUGGGGGACCGCUGCGGGACCAGAAGGGCAGUCGAAGAGAUUCAAGACCAAAUACACCACCUCACCUUCAAGGGCCAGUGGAAAACGGCCACGGUCAUCAAUGUACCAUUUGUAAGAAUACGUUUCCCGCCACAUCGAUGGAAUAUCUGUCCACCAGUGCCGAGCACAUGAACUCGCACGCGAUGCACUUCCCCUGUCUGAAGGGAAGCAACGACCAGAGCCGGGUGCUGGCGUGCAAAAACUGCGUCGAUAAGCUUACGAUCCAGUGGGAAACGAUGGACGCCCAGCGCGUACCGCUCGAGCACCGGAAGUACAUUAUUCCUUCGCCAACGCCAAACUCGGCAUCGAUAUCACCGGGCGGUGGCAGCCUAGUGCGGCCACAGUCCAGCGUCGGUGGUACGCCACCGUCCACACCGGCUUCUACCGUUCCGAGCACUUCCGUGUACUGUUUCAUCUGUGGGUUGCAUUCGGAGCUAAGCUUCGCCCGGCUGCUGUAUGCCAACAAGGAGGGAUCUCGGCCUUACUUUCCGUUCCUGUUAAAGCACAAAUCACCGCACAAUGCCGAGCAGUUGCGCGGUGACAGUUCGGCGCUGGUCUGUACAUUCUGUUAUCACUCGCUACUGAAUCAAUGGCGAAAAUACGAAGCGGCAAGUAAUAUUCCUCCACCGAGCGAGCGUGACUACAACUUUCACGAUUACUGUUGCCAUCUUUGCGGCAUCACGACGUACCGGAAACGGGUCCGUGCGCUCCCGAUACGGGAGUAUCCGUUCGUGGCGAAUCGAAAGUGUGAUGGCAUACUGCUGGAGAACGGUGAUUACGCAGUGGUAUGCCUGGACUGUUACGAAAGUUUACGGCAACAAUCGGCCGAGUACGAUCGGUUCGGAGUGGCAAUCGAAAAGCGCGAGUACAAUUGGGUUGCUCAACCGCCGCCGCCGGAGGACAGCCCGGAAGUGUCGGUGGCACGUCUACCGAGCGGGGAACGGUCCGAUAAGGCGAUUAAGAAUUCUCAAGGAGGAUUACGGUCGGCACCGAGCAAGAAAAAUUGUUCGCCGAAAGUCACGAACGACAAGCAGCGGGAUGGACUACAAUCGAAAUCAGCACUGAAACGUCCCGUCACCAGCCCGGCACCGCCCGUACUUCCCUCCACCCAGCAACUGCUACACCAUCCGUCUUCCUCGCCACAUUCGAAUCACCUGCUCGGUGGUCCAAACCAUCUGCCACCGGGCGCAUCGCCGGGGCUAGUGCCGCCGCCUCCACAGCAAACACCGCUCGGUGUGCCGUCGGUAGCGCACGGCGGUUCGUCCGCCAUACACGCCUCGCCCAACGCCCAAAACCCUUCAUCCGGUGGGCGGAGCAGUAGUGGGGGUGGUGGUGCUGGUGGAGCCGGAGCAGGCGGUGGUGGUGGUGGAGGUGGUGGUGCAGGAUCGUUUGCCGCGGCGCUGCGCAAUCUCGCCAAGCAGGCGGACGUUAAGGAGGAAGAACCGGGCCAGGGUGGCGGAGGAGGAGCCGGUGGUGCACCUGGCGGAGGUGGUUCUAGCGGUGGGCCGGGGCCAGGUGGUGGAGGAGGUGGCGGUGGAGGAGGCAGAGACAGAGAUCACAGGGAUCGGGAUCGUGAGCGUGGCGGAGGAGACGGCAGUGGAAUGCAGCUGGACGGACGCGGCAACACGAUGUCCUCGAUGGUGGUGGACAGGCGGGAAGACUCGAGGGGGAACAUCAUCAGCGACGGAAGGAUACGAAGCGGAGACGGACGGGGAGAUGGUCGUGGUGGUGGCGGCGGUGUCGAUGCGGCCAAGAAGCAACAUCAGCAGCAGCAACGUUCCUCACCACAACCGCCGGAGAAGAUGCCUCGUUUAAACCCGCCAAGCUCGAAUACUAUUCAGUCGGAACUGUUGGCCCGCAGUGGAUUCCAGCCGUACAGACCGGACGAACGACUCGCACACCCGGCCGGUGCAUUUCCCAUUGAUGCAUAUUCAGCCUUCGGAUCCAUUCCCGGCAUGCCACCAGCAAAUCUCUUCAAUCCGGCCGCACUGGCGUACCACGAUCCGGCCAUCUAUCUAGACCCGCGCUACCAGAUGCUCCGGGCCGGCCAUCAUUCGGCGGCGGGCCAUCCACUCUAUCCGUCCCUUCCCUAUCCACCCAACCUGUACGGUAUGCUGCCCGGGAUGGGAAUGCAAAGCAUUCACGAGCGCAUGAAGCUCGAGGAGGAACACCGGGCGGCCCGGUUACGCGAGGAAGAACGGGCCCAGCGCGAAGCCCGCGAGGCAGCGAUCGAGCGCGAGAAGGAACGGGAGCUCCGGGAGCAGCGGGAGCGUGAGCAGCGCGAAAAGGAGCAGCGCGAAAAGGAGCAACGCGAGAAGGAAGAGCGCGAACGGCAGCAGCGCGAGAAGGAGCAGCGUGAGCGUGAGCAGCGCGAGAAAGAGCGUGAGCGUGAGGCAGCUCGUGAGCGAGAGCGUGAGCGCGAACGGGAACGGGAACGCGAGCGAAUGAUGCACAUGAUGCCACACUCGUUGCCGCGGCCGUUCUUCUCGAUACCGGGCCUGCCGCCCGGCCUGUCGACACCGCUCGGGCUGGGAAUGCGUCCGCAGGGUGGUCCGCUCGGGUUGCCUUCGCACCAUCCGCUGCAUCCGUCGCUGGGCCUAAGCAUGGGUCUCGGUUUGCCACAAGUGCCACAGCCACCGUCGGCCUCAUCCCUUAACCUGUCGCAUCCGUCGGCUGGCAUGGUGCCGCAACCACCGCCCCCGGGCAGCGCGCUCGGCCACCCAUCGAUACCGACGAGUCUGGCGGCGGCAGCGGCCGCCUACAGCCACAGCAUCGCAUCCACCAUGAGCUCGUACCACUCGUCGAUGGCCCACAUUGGCGGGCUGAAUCUGUCCCACACGGCCGCCCUGGCGAACGCCCAGAACCUCAGUCUAGCCGGUCACAUUCCUCCGCCCGCGCACGGCUCGAUGAACCUGUCCGCCGGUGGAUCACCGGUCGCGGUCGUUUCCUCCCCGAACAGUGGCCACCAUCUGGCGCCGUCACCGCACCACCUAACGUCACCGCACGGUGCACCGCUCGCCCUAACGUCAAGCAAAUCAUCCACCCAUCCGUCGCCGCAUCCGGCCACCAGAGCUUCCCCAUCGUCGCCGGUCGUGGCGACGAGCAGCAGCAGCAGCACGGCCGCCCCCAACAGUGCGGCGGCGCCCCAUCCAUACUACACUGCCGCCGCAAUGGCAGCUGCCGCAGCGUCUCCACUAUCGCUCAGCAGCAAACCACCGCCCCACCCGCACCCGGGCCUUUCCUCACACUCGCCGGUCAGUGGCGGUGGCGGCGGCAGUCACCAUCUGCACCAUCUGCAUCAUCAUUCAGCACCGCCGCCGGGAUCGCAUCCGGGCGCACAAACGCAACCUCCGCUUUCGCAACAUCCGCCGGGCGCGAGUGGGCGUAGCAGUGCGGUCAUAACGCCUCCAACCACCCACCAUCAGGCGGCGGCCCAUCAUCACCAUCUUCAUCACCAUGCGGCGGCUAUGGCUAUGGCGGCCGCAGCAGCAUCGCAGGAACGCGCUGCUGCAUCCCAGCAGCAGCAGCAGCAGCAGCAACAGCAACACCGGCGGGUAGAACAGCCGCCACCUCCUACCACUGCUGUUCAGCCACCGUCGUCGGUGCAAUCUUCACCGGUCACCGGACCACCGGUCGGUUCAGCAACGUCCGCCGCAUCGUCCGCCACCACGGAACACAGUGUAAAUAGUACAAACGCGACUAGUAUUAACAGCAGCUCGAUCGUUGGACCGACGGGCAACGGGCCGGACACGCCCCCGGUAGGCAAAUCACGCUCACCGACCGUAGUGGCCGAUGGCCACAAUAGCACGAACGUUAUCAAAUCGACCGCUAGCAGUGAGGCCGAGCAGCAGACUGCUGGCGGUGGCGGUGGUGUGAUUAAGCGUUCCGGCUCAUCCUCACCGGGAACGCGAGACAGUCCCCCCGGUGGUGGUGGUGCACGAGCAGGAACGCCGGCGGGUGGUGGUGACACGCACGAAACGAACGGUGGUAGCACGAACACCGAAUCACGCCCAGUUUCCCGCAGUGCCACGGACGAAACCUCGAAGGAUGGCAUGUCGGUGAAGGACGACCGGACUGGCGGUGGAGAGUCGAAGGAAGACACGAAGGAACCGCCACCGCUGUCGAACAACGGAUCGAACGGCGAUAGCGGGACGGUGGUGGACAAACAUCCGUCCGGGGCUACGAUAGCGCUCAACAGCAACGGUAACACAGGGGCGCCACAAAACACCGGACCGGAUGGAGCAACGGCUAAGGGUGGCGGCGGAAGUCCAACCGAACAGACACUGCUACUUGACAGACGAUCACCCUCGAUCGUGAACAACAACACAGGCGCAGCCGGAGCCGGAACCGGAACGAAUGCGGGCACCGCCGCCAAUACCACACCCACAGGUACACCCGCCGGAACCACACUGGUAUCGACGACAGGUAAUAGCAAGGGACACAGCAACACUGCCGCUGUUGACCCGCCGGAAGAGCAUCGUCACGCAAAAGAGCAACCGCCGACGUCCAAGCGCGAUCGAUGCCCAUCAUUCGGACCGCCACCGCAUCCGGAACUAGCGCCGGACGCGGGAGGCUCACCGGGGGAAAAGAUCGAGGGGGCUGAAAAUGGGAAGAAAGCUUCGUCGCUCGUGGCCAGUGAGCGAGGCGAACCGACCCCUGCCACCGUUGUGGUGGAAGGAGGAGGAGGAGGAGGAGGAGGUGGUGCAGGGUUAAACAAUGGUGGUGCACGUGGUGGUGGGGACAGCAGUAGGUGAGGGAGAGAGGAGAGGAUAAUAGGGACCAAACAAUUAGUGGGACACACUACUGGCAAAAAAAAAGCAAACGUUAACGUCGGCCACGCAACCACGUUAGCAAACCCUGCAUUUAGCAAUGGAUCCUUUGAUGUGUGUGUGUUUGCGUGUUUGACCGCUAGAUGCCGCUAGCGAAUGGCUCUUCGUAGUAGGAGACUAUUCGCGGUUUCUACGUACGGGUGAUCUCAAAAGUGGACCCACCUCCCCGCACCGGGUUGCACCACCCACCCCCCCCCCUCCCCCUCUCGCCCGCCCAAACGGAGAGUGAGCGUGACACAAACCGCUCUUACUGAAGGCUAACGACUUAACCAACUCCGAUGAGUAUGAUGAUAGGAAAAAAAUCGUAAUAAUUUCCUUGAUUGAUUAAAUUGCACAAAAUAAUUCUAAACAAAACGCAUAUACCCGCUUACACAACCGACCCUUGGACCCUUAUAGAGUGGGGUGCUUGUUAAGGAAACUAGUGAAUAGAAAUUGUACAUACAAAAACCCGUUUUUGUCUCAAACCAUGUGACAAAACAACGGCCCUUGUUUUCUAUAUCGUGGGGGGGAAAGAGGGGGGGGGGGGGGAAGGUUCUCGAUGAAGCAAACAAAAAAAGAAGGAAGGUAGUUGAUAAGAAUUUUUUAGGUUAGGAACACACACACACCGGGUCGAAACAAAGAAUGAACAGAAGCGAGUGAGGAGAGGCACAGAGAGAGAAUGAGAGAGCGAGAGAGAGAGAGAGGAUGAGUUCCAGUGGUAGGACUUUUUAGGGUUAGUUAGUUGUGUGCGUGUGUGUGUGUGUGUGUGUGUGUAAAUCAUCCCCUCUAGUGUAUCGCACUUGUUGCACUUCUUGCUAUCUCUCUCUCUCUCUCUCGCUCUCGUACGCAUCGAGAUGGAUCUUGUCGAUUUUAAGUACUACUUCCCUUUACAGCGUUAUUAAGUACGAUUUUAAGGCGAAAUCAAGGAUAAAAAAACUUAUAUUACACAAAAAUUCAGUUCCCGAACACACACACGCACACAGCAAAACGUCGAUCACGUUUCCGUUUUUUCCAAAUCGAUCGAUCGAUCUUUCCUCCUUCCUACUUUUCCCCGUGCCUAUACACGCUCGUGACGAUGUGUACGAUUUAUCUAUUAUACCAAUUUACCCUACUAUUAUUAUUAUAAUUAUAAUUACUAUAAUUAUUUUAUUCCUACGUUUACGGUGCGCAUAUCAUUUAUGCUUACAAACGAUCUACAAAAACGGACAGACGGAGGACCGUUACGAUCACACGAUAAAGCGACGCGACGACAGAAUACAUAGAAAGGAAAAAAGGAAAAUCUGCAAGAAAAACUUUAACGGUGAAGUUGUUGUCGCUCUGUGUACAAUUAUACUGUGUCCUCCUACUGCUGGUAGCGAUUAGGGGUAAUCAUAAUAAAAAUUGCUUUAAACAAAACAAAAUUAAGCAGAGAAGCAAAUAAAACAAAGAUCGAGAGGGAAAAAAGCGGUGGAGUUUUUGCUCUUGGAUUUGUUUCUUUUGACUAACUUAAGCCGCGCUUACCCACGGCUAACCCCGGAACAGGAAGGCGACAAGGAUGUUUUUGAUGUAGGACCAGUGAGAGCACGGGAAGGGAGCCAAAAAGAAAAUGUAUUUGCGGCGUUGAAAAUGAUAGGAUUAGAUGAGACGAAUUUUUCCAAUUUGCAAAAAGAUAAAGUGGAAAAUUUUGGAAGAUAAAAAGAAUUGGGGGUAGAAUGUGGGAGGGGUUUGUAUGAGAUUGAAACACACGAAAAAGGAAGAGAAAGUAAACGGUAAAGAUAGAGAUACGCAAAUAGAUAGGAAAAGGAAAAGAGAAUACGAACGGGGCAGGAACAGACAAUAGACAACAAAUGAAAACAACGUACACAGACAAAAACACACACACACACAAUAAUCAAAUGCAUACCAUCAAUUGUA